AUGGACACACCUUCGUCGGAGAGGUUUCCUACUGCUCCUGACGGCCAAUUCCAUAUCGAGGUUGAUAACAUUCGGUGUACGACCUUCGUUAGUAGAGAGGACUUGGAGCAACUGAAAGAUCAGAGAGAGCUGUUUCUCCUAGCGCAUUCUGCCGCAUCGCAACAACGCAUCGUCUCAAAAGUCGAGCUCGCAUUAAAAUUUCUUCAGCAUCUUCUAGAUAGCAACGGAGCAUCUUCCUCAACUCGUGCUUUUCUCCAAGGAUUUGAAAAUCAGUUCCUCUUUGCAUCCGAACUACAUGUUGUGUUACAUUCUCUGCAUAUAGAUCCGCCGAUACGGAACACAUUGCUCAGUACAUACUACAAAGCCGUUUUUUUGAUUACAUCUGAGUCCACAAAUUCUUCCUCAAGUGCGUUAUUCAACGCCGCAAAAAGCGGACAGGUCACUCCAUAUGUCGUCUUUGGAGGGCAAGGUACAGCAAAUGCAACAUGUGUUAGAGAGCUUAUUGAUCUUUAUUCCACGUAUAGACCUUUCUUGAAAGAUCUCAUUGAUAUUGUUGGGGCCUUAUUAAGUCGUCUCUCCCGACUACCUCAGACUCGCGAGUAUUACUGUGGACGAUAUUUGGACCUGCAAGCAUGGCUGCACGAUCCGGAUCAGGUGCCUGGAUCUGACUUUGUGUCUGGUGUGACAAUCAGUUGCCCAGUAAUCGGGCUCCUGGGGCUUGCACACUACUGUGUCACAUGCAAGGUGUUAGACGUAACUCCGGGCGACAUUCGUGACCUGCUGCGGGGUACUACAGGCCACUCUCAGGGAAUCAUCGUGGCUACGGCUAUAGCCAUGGCUGACUCAUGGAAAGCAUUCUAUAGCGCUGCAUUAACGGCAGUAGAAACCCUCUUUUGGAUCGGAUAUGAAUGCAAUGAUGGUUUGGCUCGAUCGUUCCUGUCGCCUUCUAUCAUUCAAGAUAGCGUUAGCAAUGGCCAAGGUCAACCUUCAUGCAUGCUGAGUGUUGCGGGACUAGAACGAUCGCGUCUCGACGAAGUCCUUAAUGUGUUCAACAAGUCUCUCCCAUUGACGACUCGAGUAAGUAUUGCGUUAGUCAAUACCAGGGAAAAUCUUGUCGUGGGUGGUCCUGCCAGUUCUCUCGCCGCUCUCGACAGAUAUCUUUGCACAAUCAAGGCGGAUCCCAAUAUUGAUCAGAACCGUGUGCCAUACAGCAAGCGCAAACCACCAAUUCAGCACCAGUUUCUUCCGGUUAGCGUACCAUUUCAUACCCAGUAUCUAUUAAAACCUGCCCAGAACAUAAAAGCGCAUAUUAGUUCCUUGAAAAUAGCACCCGAAAUGCUCAAAAUCCCUGUCCAUGACAACAGAAAUGGCCGUGACCUUCGCGAGCUUCCACCGGGAACAAACAUCCUGGAAGAAAUUAUUGACGCCAUUUGCUUUGCACCUUGUGACUGGCCAGCUGUACUAGAGUCGCUGGACGUGUCUCAUAUUCUUACAUUCGGCAGCGGCGGUAUGCCGGACCUGGUAUUGAAACUUGUUGAUGGCAAAGGCAUUAGAGUCAUCAGUGGAUCUGAUUUUGAGACGAGAGACUCAGAAAUGGGCAGUAAAGUGGACAUAUUUUCUCCAGUCCUCCUUUCGACAUCAACUAAGCUGGAAAGCUGGGCGGAAAAAUUCCAGCCUCGCCUCAUACAAGCCGCCUCAGGAGAAGUGCAAUUAGAAACAAGACUCACUAAAUUGUUAGGAGUACCACCAGUUUUCGUAGCAGGAAUGACACCGACAACAGUUCCAUGGGACUUCGUUUCCAUGGUCAUGAAUGCUGGAUACCAUAUUGAGCUUGCAAGUGGCGGAUACCAUAGUGCAGAAGAAAUGUCUGCCGCCAUUGACAAAGUGAAGGACACUGUUCCGGCCGGAAGAGGCAUUACCUGUAACCUGAUUUAUUCUAACCCCCAAGCGAUGACAUGGCAGAUUGCUAUGCUUCGUAGAUUGGCCAAGGACGGUGUCGCCGUGGAUGGUUUGACGAUUGGUGCCGGCGUACCAUCGCAGGAAGUCAUGAUCGACUACAUCACGACCCUAGGCUUGAAACAUAUUUCCAUCAAGCCUGGGUCCUUAGCAUCCGUCCGCGAGAUAAUAGAGAUUGCAAAAUCACACCCCCAUUUUCCGAUCAUUCUACAGUGGACAGGAGGCCGUGGAGGUGGGCAUCACUCUUUUGAAGAUUUUCACGUGCCUAUCCUCCGCACAUACAGCAGCAUCCGCCGUUGUCCUAAUAUCGUCUUGGUCGCUGGAAGCGGGUUUGGAGAUUCUGAAGACAGCUAUCCCUAUCUAUCCGGGACGUGGGCCACUCGCUUUGGCUAUCCUAGGAUGCCUUUUGAUGGUAUUCUCCUCGGGAGCCGCUUGAUGGUUGCUCGCGAGGCGCAUACGUCUUCCGAAGCGAAGAAGUUGAUCAUUGAAGCCCCCGGAGUUUCUGAUAGUGAAUGGGAGAAGACCUACGAUGGUGCAGCGGGAGGUGUUAUCACCGUCAUAUCGGAAAUGGGACAGCCUAUCCACAAGAUUGCUACAAGGGGUGUACUUUUCUGGCAUGAGCUCGAUAAGACAAUAUUUAGCUUGCCACGAAAGAAUCAAGUGGAGGCUCUGUUGAAGAAGAAACAGUAUAUCAUCAAGAGAUUAAACGCAGACUUUGCUAAACCGUGGUUUGGACAAAACUCCAAAGGAGAACCAGCGGACCUCUCGGAAAUGACUUACAUUGAAGUCCUACGUCGCUUGGUAUCUCUCAUGUAUGUUGCUCACCAGAGUCGCUGGAUCGCGACUUCGUACAUGAGGUUCGUUAUGGAUUUUGCAACUCGUACACUGGAAAGAUUGCAUUCAGAUGCGAAUAUUGAGAUUACGGCAACCGCAUUACAAGGCCCUCGUCUUUUUCUCGAAGAGUUCCUGUGGUACUGUCCUCAUGCUUCUUCGGAACUUCUUAACCCGGAAGAUGUCACAUACUUCAUUCUCCGAUGCAAGAAGCGUGGACAGAAGCCGGUUAACUUUAUUCCUAUCAUUGAUGAGGACUUUGAAACAUUCUUCAAAAAGGACUCUUUGUGGCAAUCAGAAGACAGCGAUGCUGUCAUAGAUCGGGAUGCUGGGCGGUGCUGUAUCCUUCAUGGUCCCGUUGCUGCUCAGUACUGCAACACGGAUAACGAGACUGCAAAAGAGAUCCUGGAUAAUUUUAACGCAGGACUAAUCAGAAAUGUCAGAGAAGACUUCUACCCAAGUGGGCCAACACCACAAUCCGAAAAUACUAGCCUCUCAUCCGAGAGCUGGUCUGUAGCAACUCCAGAAACCGACGUCCACGAUAUACACCAUACUUCUAUGGAUAGCAUUGCUAGCGGUGUCGAAGACCUAUUGCCUUCCACAAUACUCAUUCUUGGAAAAAUGGGCAACCCGUGGAUUCGUCCAUUGUUCAUGGACGAGUACAUUCUACACGGCCGCAAUCGCAGAAUAAAUCCAUUUCGUCGAUUAAUCCAGGAGGCAUGGAAAGGAACGGUAGAAGUCGAACCCGAAACCUCAUUGAUCACCAUAUCCGUACAUAAUGAGGACAGCUCUGGUAGUAAGUCCAUUGUUAAGAUCUCCGCUCGCAAUGUCGCGGACAUCUCUGUAGAGCUUUCAUUCCCCAGCCCUCACGGUACUAAACCAGUUGUUCUACCACUGGCCUUCCGUUAUGACCAAACGAUGGUACCAUACGGAAUAAGUGAAGUUACGGCUAGUCGUGAUGAUUCUAUCAAAGCAUUUUAUAGUAAGGUGUGGUUCGGAGAGGACGUCAGUGCUUGUACGGAAGAAGUCCGUUCUACAAUCUGGGGCCCUGAAAUGACUCUUACCUCGGAAAUGCUUCAUGAUCUACUUAACACUGUAGGUCGAGCAUAUACUUAUGGGAAGAACACUGGCCAUGGUUCUCAGACAUUCCCAAUCAGCGUUGGCAUACUUGCUGCGUGGGAUGCGGUAGCAAAACCGCUCGUAUUGAGGGUUAUUCCUGGUGACAUACUGAGGCUUGUUCAUCAGUCAAAUUCUGUUGAAUAUAUGUCAGAUACGGCAAAUCUUCGUGUUGGAGAUGUGAUCAUGUCAAGAGCAAACGUCAGGGCUGUAUAUAUUGAGGAUGCAGGAAAGUAUGUCACUGUCGAAGGACACAUCAUCUGCUCGAAUGAGCCAGUUCUAAAAAUUACUUCAACUUUUCUCUUCAAAGGAACCUUCAAUGACUUCAAAUCCACAUUCAGAGAAACUCAAGAGCCGGACAUGAUAUAUGUGGUGUUUUCUGAGCAAGAAGAAGCUCUUAUCAAGGAUCGAGAAUGGUUCCAUCUUGAAGAUCCCCUGCUGUCUUUGAUCGGUAAGACUCUACUGUUCAGUUUGAGAACUGAAGUGACCUGGAAGAAUAAGGCAACAUACAAUACAUUGAAAGUAUCUGGCCAUAUCUAUCAAAGAAGCAGCCUCGGCCAGAUUCAAGGAAUAGGCAGCGUGAACUUUGAACAUGGGGAGUGUGUGGGCAAUCCGGUCAUGGACUUCUUAGAGCGAAGAGGGUCACCAGCCGCCAAAAAGACCGAUCUGGCAAGUCCUGGUUGGACUGGUGUAUCAUCGGUGGAAGUCCAAAUGCCUUCUAGCAACGAAAUGUACACGCGUGUUUCCAAAGACUAUAAUCCAAUCCACAUGGCAUCUGUGUUUUCACACUGGGCCGAACUUCCUGGUACUAUCUGUCAAGGGAUGUUCACUUCGGCCAUUGCUGUCAGCGCUGUGGAGCAUUUGUCAUCCAAUGGUGAAUGCCAUCGGCUUCGAAGAUUUACUGCUACUUUCACAGAUAUGGUGCUACCCGGCGACCGACUUGUAAUACGUUUGAAGCACGUGGGAGCUAUUGAUGGUCGACUGGUCUUCAAGGUGUCCGCUCUCAAUAAAGACAGCGAUAAUAUAGUAUUGGAGGCAGAAGCGGAAGUAGAGCAGCCACAAACCGUCUUCUUAUUCACAGGGCAGGGAAGCCAAUUACCUGGAAUGGGCAUGGAGUUGUAUGAAACUAGCGAAGUGGCUCGCCGCAUUUGGGAUGAGAUAGACGCCUAUAUCUUUGAACGAUUUGGUUGGUCGGUAAUUGACAUCGUGUCAAAAAAUCCGAAGAGCAUAACUAUUCAUUUCGGAGGCAAGCGUGGGCGUCAACUGCGUGAAAACUAUCUUGCAAUGGAGACAGAGAUUGCAACACCAGACGGACGUACAAUUCGAAAGACAUUAUUGCCUGGGUUGACAAGAGAGUCUCGCUCGUACACUUUCUCCUGCCCAUCCGGACUGCUCUUCUUUUCCAGUUUCGCACAGCCAGCAAUCGUUUUGGUCGAAAAGAUCAUGUUUGAAGAUAUGAAGAGCCGAGGACUAGUUCCUCUAAAUUCGUUUUUUGCUGGCCAUUCACUCGGUGAAUAUGGGGCUCUUCUGGCUUUUUCCGGAUUUAUGACUACAAAAGAAUUGAUGGAGUUGGCAUUUUAUCGUGGUUUAUCGCUACAAUUUGCUAUGGAGCGAGACUCAGAAGGCGAGACAAACUAUGGCAUGGUGGCGGCCAAUCCUCAGCGAAUUGGAAAAUUUUUCAAUGAGAGCUCUCUACGGCAGAUAGUUCACAUGAUUGCGAUGCAAAGCGGUGAACUCAUCGAGACAGUGAACUUGAAUGUGGAGAAUGAGCAAUACGUCUGUGCAGGAACACUAAAAAACCUAUAUGUCCUCGAAAAUAUCCUGAGUUACCUAUCCACGAUAUCCCAUGGAGCAGAAUUGGUGGGCGAAAUUAUGACUACCAAGGACGAUCUUUCUGCAACCAUAAUCGGUCAACAGUUAGCAGCCAGCCUUCUGGAAGCAAACGCACUGCCCGGCCCCAUUCAAUUGAAGCGCGGUAAAGGCACAAUUCCCAUUCCAGGAAUUGAUGUUCCCUUUCAUUCUUCUUUCCUACGCCAAUCUGUGGCCUCGUAUAGAAAAAUUCUCCAGCGACGAAUCCCUGAAGAGAACAUACACUUGGACCGACUUCUAGGGAGGUGGAUACCCAAUGUCAUGGCAAGGCCCUUCUCCAUUAACGAUGACUACCUGCAGGAAGCAGCCGAGUUAACGAAAAGCCCUAUCUUGGCAGAACUACUCAAUGGGCCUGUCACAGUUUAG